AAAGAGAGAGACUCGUACCAAGUUCAGCUGUGCGAGAGUCUAACGCUUUACACCGCCACGCCUCCUGCUGGCCGCGGUCUUCUCACUCUUCUCCCGCUUCCCGCACCUCGACGCUGGGGACGGGAAGGCGACUGGGUCGUGUGUGGGCGUGGCUGGUGACGGCUGGGGCGGGGCUUCGCAGGCGGCGGGGGAGGAGUCUCGCUAGACAGCCGGCUGUUGGUCAGGGGCGUGGCUGCUGCGGAGCAUCUCAGCAGAGCCGAGCCUGGGCUGCAGCCCAGCUUUGUUCCGGCCGCCGCCUCCAAGACCCUCCGGCUUCUGGAUCCAUCCCUCGCCUUCCUGCUGCCUCCCGCCUACUCUCUGCAUCUAGGCCCGCAUCCUCUUCCCCAACCGCUGCGCCUAUGCCUCCUCCAAACUUCUAGCCGCUGCUUGCCUGGUACCUUUCUGUCCAUUCCUCUCCCUGACCCCUCUCUUCCCACAGUCUGGGUCGCUCCUCCAGGCCCAGCCCCUCCACUCCGGUGAUGUCCCCUCCGGCCUUGCGCUCAUGGUCUUGACGCUGCUCCUCUCCGCUUACAAGCUGUGCCGCUUCUUCGCCAUGUCGGCCCCAAGGUCGGGCGCCGAGCGGCUGACGGUGCCGGGGCCGGAUGUAGGCAGUGGCUCUGGCCCGUGGUGGGCUGUGGGCGGCCGCGGGCCCCGCGAGGUGUCGCCUGGCGUGGGCACCGAGGUGCAGAGCGCCCUGGAGCGCGCGCUGCCGGAACUGCAGCAGGCACUUUCGGCGCUGAAGCAGGCGGGCGGCGCUCGGGCGGUGGGUGCCGGCCUGGCUGAGGUCUUCCAGCUGGUGGAAGAGGCCUGGCUACUGCCGGCCAUGGGCCGCGAGGUGGCCCAGGGUCUGUGCGAUGCCAUCCGCCUGGACGGCGGCCUCGACCUGCUGCUGCGGCUGCUGCAGGCGUCAGAGCUGGAGACGCGCGUGCAGGCCGCGCGCCUGCUGGAGCAGAUCCUGGUGGCUGAGAACAGGGACCGCGUGGCACGCAUCGGGCUAGGUGUGAUCCUGAACCUGGCGAAGGAGCGCGAACCCGUGGAGCUGGCGCGGAGCGUGGCAGGCAUUCUGGAGCACAUGUUCAAGCACUCGGAGGAGACGUGCCAGCGGCUGGUGGCGGCGGGCGGCCUGGAUGCGGUGCUGUACUGGUGCCGCCGCACGGACCCGGCUGCUGCGCCACUGCGCGCUGGGGCCGGCCUGCUGCGCCACUGCGCGCUGGCGCUGGCCAACUGCGCGCUCCACGGGGGCCAGGCGGCGCAGCGGCGCAUGGUGGAGAAGCGCGCCGCCGAGUGGCUCUUCCCGCUCGCCUUCUCCAAGGAGGACGAACUGCUGAGACUGCACGCCUGCCUCGCGGUAGCAGUGUUGGCCACCAACAAGGAGGUGGAGCGCGAAGUGGAGCGCUCGGGCACGCUGGCGCUCGUGGAGCCGCUCGUGGCCUCGCUGGACCCUGGCCGAUUCGCCCGCUGCCUGGUGGACGCCAGCGACACAAGCCAGGGCCGCGGGCCAGACGACCUGCAGCGCCUCGUGCCGCUGCUCGACUCAUCGCGCUUGGAGGCGCAGUGCAUCGGGGCGUUUUACCUCUGCGCAGAGGCUGCCAUCAAGAGCCUACAAGGCAAGACCAAGGUGUUCAGCGACAUUGGCGCCAUCCAGAGCCUGAAGCGCAUUGUCUCCUACUCCUCCAAUGGCACCACGUCGGCGCUGGCCAAGCGCGCGCUGCGCCUGCUAGGCGAGGAGGUGCCGCGGCCCAUCUUGCCCUGCGUGGCCAGUUGGAAGGAGGCUGAGGUCCAGACCUGGCUGCAGCAGAUCGGCUUCUCCCAGUACUGCGAGAACUUCCGGGAGCAGCAGGUGGACGGCGACCUGCUUCUGAGGCUCACGGAGGAGGAACUUAAGACCGACCUCGGCAUGAAAUCAGGCAUCACCCGCAAGAGGUUUUUUAGGGAGCUCACGGAACUCAAGACCUUCGCCAACUAUGCCACGUGCGACCGCAGCAACCUGGCAGACUGGCUAGGCAGCCUGGACCGCCGCUUCCGCCAGUACACCUACGGCCUGGUCAGCUGCGGCUUGGACCGCUCGCUGCUGCACCGCGUGUCUGAGCAGCAGCUCCUGGAGGACUGCGGCGUCCGCCUGGGGGUUCACCGCGUGCGCAUCCUCACCGCAGCCAGAGAAAUGCUCCACUCCCCACUUCCCUGCACCAGCUGCAAGCCCAGUGGGGACACUCCGGAUGUCUUCAUCAGCUACCGCCGGAACUCAGGCUCCCAACUGGCCAGCCUCCUGAAGGUGCACCUGCAGCUGCACGGCUUCAGUGUCUUCAUUGAUGUGGAGAAGCUGGAAGCAGGCAAGUUCGAGGACAAGCUCAUCCAGAGUGUCAUGGGUGCCCGCAACUUCGUGCUGGUGCUGUCAGCUGGGGCACUGGACAAGUGCAUGCAGGACCAUGACUGCAAGGACUGGGUGCACAAGGAGAUUGUGACCGCCUUAAGCUGUGGCAAGAACAUUGUGCCGGUGAUUGACGGCUUCGAGUGGCCUGAGCCCCAGGCCCUGCCAGAGGACAUGCAGGCUGUGCUUACCUUCAAUGGCAUCAAGUGGUCCCACGAGUACCAGGAGGCCACCAUUGAGAAGAUCAUCCGCUUCCUACAGGGCCGCUCCUCCCGGGACUCAUCUGCAGGCUCUGACACCAGUUUGGAGGGUGCCGCACCCAUGGGCUCCACCUAGCCAGCCUCAGUUCCCAAGCCCUGCUGUGACUCCCAUUCCAUUGUCUCCUGCUCAGUCCUGGAGACACCGGAGCUGGUGGUAGGGCUUUGCCGCAGCGGUCAGGGUGGUUGCUGCACCCUCUCCCUUCUCCUUCCCUGAUGGCAGCCAGCGUAAGCAGGGUAGAGCCAGGCAGUCUCUGACAGGAAUAGGGUGACAUGCUGGCCCUCUCAGCCUGAGCACCAUAGUCCUGGGGCCUAGACCCUGGAAGAGCCAGGACUGAGUGUGUGGCCAUGGUUUCCUGCCCAGACUGUGCUGACCCCUGGGUUCUCCACUUCUGCUGCCCUGUGGCCUUGCCCUGUAGCCACCCAGUGCCCUUAGCCAGCCUGGCAAGGUCCCAGUCUCUGCCCAGCCUCCUUUGGGGCUGCCUCUUUUGCUACAUCCUGAGUCUGGGUUAGGCCAAGCGGCCCUCACUCUGGCUGGUCUGUAACCAUAGCCAGCCUUGCUGUACUUGCUGGUGGGCAAGGCAGGGGCCUCCUCCUUGUGCCUGGGCCUGGGCCUGGGCCUGGGCAGUGGAGGCCAUGUCUCAAAGCCCACCCUUCCCCAUGCUGUGGUGCUGCGCCUCAGGUUCCUGCCUGGCCUGGUCCAGCUGGCCUUGCCGGGGCCCACCCAGUGCUGCCUACCCACCUGCACAGAGAGGAGGGGGACCCAGACACCCCCGUGGCAACAUCAGCAGCCCUGGCAGAACCUGCAGCUCUGUGGGAAGAGGGGAGGUCCUGGGGAAAGGCAAGCACAGUUUCUCCUGCACUAAUGUGCAUUCAAAUCACCCGGGGAAUCCUGGAAAAUCCAUGCAGUGGGCCCGCAGGUAGCGUGGAGCUUAAGGCAGCUGGAUCCCAUGUGGCCAAUUGUGUGGUUCAAGUCCUGGACUCAGUAGCUUGAACAAUGCCAGGCGUGCAUGCAUGCCUAAAAUCCCAA